AUGUUCACAAGUGUACCUGAGUUAUCUCGGGACUCCGAGGUGUAUCGUCACACUGGCCUCAGUCCCACGCCACCUGGACAAGUCCCACACCACCUGGACAAGUCCCUCACCACCUGGACAAGUCCAUCACCACUUGGACAAGUCCCUCACCACCUGGACAAGUCCCUCACCCCCUGGACAAGUCCAUCACCACCUGGACAAGUCCCUCACCACCUGGACAAGUCCCUCACCACCUGGACAAGUCCGUCACCACCUGGACAAGUCCGUCACCACCUGGACAAGUCCGUCACCACCUGGACAAGUCCGUCACCACCUGGACAAGUCCCUCACCACCUGGACAAGUCCCUCACCACCUGGACAAGUCCGUCACCACCUGGACAAGUCCCUCACCACCUGGACAAGUCCCUCACCACCUGGACAAGUCCCUCACCACCUGCACAAGACCCUCACCACCUGGACAAGACCCUCACCACCUGGACAAGUCCCUCACCACCUGGACAAGUCCCCCACCACCUGGGACAAGUCCAUGACCACCUGGACAAGACCCUCACCACCUGGACAAGUCCUUCACCACCUGGACAAGUCCCUGACCACCUGGACAAGUCCCUGACCACCUGGACAAGGCCGUCACCACCUGGACAAGUCCCUCACCACCUGGACAAGUCCCUCACCACCUGGACAAGUCCCCCACCACCUGGGACAAGUCCAUGA